AUGAAGGCACCACCAGUUACAGAGGAUGUCUCAGUCAGAUUUGAACGCGACGGCAGAGUUAUGGUCAUCACAAUUGAACGACCAAAGCAAAGGAAUUCGUUACCAGCUAAAGUUCAAUGGGGCAUGCAUAGGCUAUUCGACUACUAUGAACAGAACGAUGACAUUUGGUGCGCCAUCAUAACAGGCGGUGAAGCUCCAGGCGUGCCUCCAGCUUUCUGCGCUGGUCAAGACCUUAAGAGCGUUAAUUCCGCUCUGGGCCCUACCGAGUCGGCAGCAACAUCGAAGCUGCCACCAUCGGGAUUCGGUGGUGUGUCUUUCAGAAAUUUAACCAAACCACUUAUAGCCGCUUGUAAUGGGGGUGCUUAUGGUGGAGGUUGUGAAAUCGUGCUUAACUGUGAUAUCGUAGUCGCAAGUGAAUCAGCCAUGUUUGCGUUGCCUGAAGUGAGAUCUGGUGUCGCAGCACUUGGUAAUGGACUUAUACUGCUACCACGAAUCGUGGGAAGACAUCGUGCUAUGCAGAUGAUUUUAAUGGGUGCCGUCAUACCGGCGAAAGAGGCCAUGGAAUGGGGAAUCGUUAACGAGGUGGUUCCUCACAAGGACGUAUUGAAGAGAGCUCUGGAGAUCGCAGAUUCCCUUCAAGUUGGUUCGCCCGAUGCUGUGAGGGCUUCUAAGCGAGCAAUAAUAAACUCUUCUGAGAUUGCGGAUUGGUAUCUUGCAACCGACAAGACUGCAACUGAGAAGGAAGUCAUCGCAUUUCAAGGUGGAAAGGAUGCCAAAGAAGGUCCUUUGUCGUUUGCUCAAAAACGAAAGCCAAACUGGUCUGGAUACUCAAAGCUUUGA